ACUGCGGACAUAGUACAGGAGAUGACCAGAGACUGCGGACACGGUACAGGAGGUGACCAGAGACUGCGGACACGGUACAGGAGGUGACCAGAGACUGCAGACAUAGUACAGGAGAUGACCAGAGACUGCGGACAUAGUACAGGAGAUGACCAGAGACUGCAGACCUUCUCAGAAAACUACAGGUGGCCUUUCACAAAGAACAGGUAGGACCGAGGAGCAGGUUCUUCUGCACAGUAGAGCUGAGCGGCUGGCCCGG